CAUGUUUGUUAGGCGAAGUACAGCCUUCCUGAGUGUUAUAAUAGUUAUACUAACUAUCGCGUGUGUAGGUCUCAUAGUACAUACGGUUCGUACUAACUCCGGGGAUUGUGUUAAUAAUAAUAAUUAUCGAGAAAAUCCCGGUCCUCGAUAUAGCAGCAGCAUAGAUAUCGACAGUAAGAGUGAAAUAACCAUCACUACUACAGAAUUUCUAUCCACCAUUACAGAUACUCCUCCUCCAUCUAAACAGCAUCCUUGGGAUUAUUAUCGUCUUCCUUCGAAUGUGAUUCCUUUAGAAUAUGAUUUACUUCUCGAUCCGAAGAUAGAAGAAGGAAUAUUUUCUGGACGAGUGAACAUCAAAGUCGAUGUGAAAAAAUCUAGAGAUAAUUUCAUCGUUCAUUGUUAUAAAACAUUAAACAUCACUGGUUCUUGGAUAAAGAAACGAGGAAAUGAUAUCAAGAUUAAUAAUAGUUUUAAAUACGAAAAAAAUGAAUUUUAUGUCAUAGAAAUUGAACGAGUCGAGCCAGGUCUUUACGAACUUAUGUUUGAGUUCAAAGGAUCUCUGGUUGGUUCCAUUAUUGGUUUUUAUAGAAGCCAAUAUAAGGAUCCAUUCACUGGAAAAAUACAAUACUUAGCCACAUCAAAAUUCCAACCGACGUAUGCACGAAGGGCUUUUCCUUGUUUUGAUGAACCGAAUUUUAAAUCAAAUUUUACCAUUUCCUUAGUUCAUUCUGAAAAUCUCAUCCCACUCUCUAACAUGCCCAUUGAUAAACAAACGAAAAAUGGCACUAAAAUCGUGACGACUUUUAAGGAAUCCGUGCCCAUGGUGACGUAUCUGGUCUGUUUCAUCGUUAGUAAUUUUCAAUACACUUCCGUUAAUUUUACUAAAAAUAGAGAGAUACGAGUUUAUUCCACUCCGCAUCAAAUAGAGAAGACUCAAUACGCUCUUCAAAUAUCCAAGACAAUACUAACCAAAUUUGAAGAAUAUUUUGGUAUAGAAUAUCCACUACCUAAACAAGAUCUCAUUGCAAUACCCGACUUUGUAUCAGGAGCCAUGGAACAUUGGGGAAUUAUAACUUUUCGUGAAGUUAAUUUGUUAUUCGAUAAAAUUACAACAACUCCUAAACAAAAAGAGAGAGUUGCAAUAGUUAUAUCUCACGAAUUAGCUCAUAUGUGGUUUGGAAAUUUAGUAACCAUGAAAUGGUGGGAUGAUCUAUGGCUUAAUGAAGGUUUUGCAUCGUUUAUCGAGUAUAAAGGUGUCGAUUGGGUCGAACCGAAUUGGAAUAUGUUGGAUCAAUUUCUAAUUGACGAUGUACAACCUGUUAUGGAAGUGGAUGUUAGUAAUAGUUCGCAUCCUAUUAUUCAACCCGUUGGCCAUCCCGACGAGAUAAAUGAAAUCUUCGAUAUUAUUUCGUAUAGCAAAGGUGCUGCAGUACUUAGAAUGUUAGAAUUCUUUUUAGAACCAGAAAAUUUUCGUAGAGGAAUAUCGGUAAGAUUUUUUUAUGAAUUUAAGACGGAUAAAAGUAUUGCACAAAUUAUGGAUACGUGGACAAGACAAAAGGGAUUUCCUAUGGUAACAAUUAAGACAGAUACCGAUUCAAAUUCCCUGAUUGCAAGCCAGAAAGUAUUUUCGAGAAAUCCUGGAGAAAAAAGUCAAGAAAGCGAUACUGUUUGGAGCAUACCUUUAAGUUACACGUCUUCAUCUAACGAAACGGGUUUGGUGUGGCUUCACGACAAAUCAGAAAAAAGAAUUCGAUUGAAUUCAUCGUUUUCGUGGAUAAAAUUUAAUAAUCAGCAAUAUGGGUACUUCAUUGUCAAUUACGAACGUUCGUUAUGGGAUAAACUUCUCAAAGCUCUUCGAAAUGAUUUUGAGGCAUUUUCGCCUUCUGAUAGAUCAAAUUUAUUAUUUGAUUCAUUUCAACUAGCUUGGUCUGGAUAUUUGGAUUAUGAAGUGGCUUUUGGCAUUUCUGAGUACUUAGUAAACGAAACACAGUUAACGCCGUGGAAAACGGCAACCAAAGCCUUAAAAAAUGUAUUAAAUUUACUUAAACCUACCGAUUCUUAUUACCCAUUUAAAAAAUUUUUACAGCGGUUCGUAAUCCCGAUUUAUAAUCAAGUAGGAUGGAAUCAAGGAGAUAAUCAUUUAGAAAAUCGUAUACGCGAAGUGGUAUUAAAAUUUGCAUGCGAAAUUGAUUAUCCCGACUGUUUAGAAAACGCGUAUCAAAGACUUAAGAAUUGGUUCGAGAGAAGAGAAGAAAUUCCUAAAAAUGUCAAAGAAUUGGUUUACUUUUACGGCAUGUCACAGAUAGGAAAUGAUGAAUAUUGGAACGAAAUGUGGCAAAGAUAUCAAAAUGAGAGCUCGUCUCAGGAACGUACUUUACUUCUUCUUGGUUUAUCUCAAGUUCGAUAUCCACAUUUAUUACAGAGAUUUUUGAAUUAUGCAAUGAACGAAUCAAAAGUCAAAAGACAAGACUUCUUCCACGUUUUAAAGUAUAUAAGCUGGAAUGACAUAGGAAGACCUCUCGUAUGGGAUUUUAUACGUAGCAAAUGGCCUUAUCUAGUAGAAAGAUACACACUUCACAGUAGAUAUUUAGGAAGAUCGAUUACGAUAUGCAAACCCUUUCAAGACGAGUUUCAUUUAAGAGAGAUGAAAGACUUCUUCCAAAAAUAUCCCGAUGCAGGAGCUGGUAAAAGUAGCCGGCAGCAGACUUUAGAAAACGUCGAAAAUAACAUCAAAUGGGUAAAAUUACAUUCGGAUGAGAUUAGAAAUUGGUUAAAAUCAAUAAAAAUUUAACCGAUAAAAUUAUUUUAAAAAAAUUCCAUUUAUUAAUAUUGAAAAAUGGAAUUUCUUUUUCGCGUGUACAGUUUAUUAUUAAAA